AAUGGUACUGUUGGCCUUAUAAAAGAGAUCUCAUUGUGUCGAUUGACACAGACAUUGAAACCGUUCAAAAUUGAUCAUCUUUUCAAGCUUCAAUCUAAUAUCAAACAUGAUCCGAACCAUCGCCAUCUUUGCUUUGUUCAUUGCUUAUGUUCAAGCAAAAAACACUUCCUUCACCAAUUGUGGACAAGAAGGAACCAUCUUAUGGGUUAAUGUAGUCCCUUGUAACUCUGACCCAUGCACCUUCAAACCAGAUGAGAUAGUUAACAUUAAUGGUCAACUCAUUAGCGAUGUUGCUAUAUCCAGUCCAAUUUUAAGAACUCAAGUUAAGGACUCGGAUGAUUCUUGGGUUGAUUAUCCUAAUGUUGAUACUGAUGCAUGUAAAUACACCGACUGUCCUAUUGAAGCUAAUGUUGCCACUUCAUUCGCCCUUAGUUUGAAAACCUUUGCAUGGCCACCACCAAUGUUAACCCAAAUCCGAUUCCAAGUUUACAACUCUGAUGGAAGCAAUGAGCUUAUCUGUGGCGCAACUACCAUUAAAAUCAAACAUGAUUAAGUUCAAAUUAAAAAUAUGAAUUCGUUUAUCUAAUAUCUUGACCCAAUAAUUCCAAUACCCGUUAAAUUAGAAACCUUUGAACUAGACUUUGAACUAGUUGUUGUGUUGUCAUGAAAUUAAGAAAUAAAAUGUAUUAAAUUGAGCAUAAAAA